AUGGACCCCUCCGUGAAGGCCGCGAGUGAGCUGAAUGCCAUCUUUGGCCGUCUCGGGGUUCUGUGUGAGGUUUGCGUGACAAGCGCGGAGGGCAAGCAUGUGAAGGCGACCGAAAGCCUGAAAGAGGGCUUUGCGCUGGUGGAGGAACUGCCUAUUGUGUCGUGGCCGUCGCCCUCGCUGCUGACGCUGUCCACUCCUUUCUGUUUUCAAUGCCUCCGUCUUAGCAGCCACCAACCCUCGACUGCCAUGUCCGACUCGGAAUUGCUGCCUUCUACGUCCUGCUCAUCAUUGACGUCUGCCGUUGGUGCUGCUAGGGUUCCCCAGUCGUGGUCGCGGUGCGCUCACUGUGCGUCCUACUUCUGCUCUUCCGAGUGUCAGCAGGCCAGCUCACGCGUGCAUCGCCUGCUGUGCUCCAGUCUGCCUGUGGUGCGGGAGGGCCACGGUGGCAGCGGUGGGCGAAGUGGUGCAGAGGAUGUCAUGGUGACGGCGCCUGGGUCCUUCUCUUCUGCCACCACCUCGCUCACCUCGUCCCCGACAUCGUCUGAGAUAACCCUGGAGGCUCUCGCCCGCUGUGUCGCCUGGAUCGCCCACCGGCUUUCCUAUGCCAUUGAACAGCAGCAGAUAACGCAUGAAAUGCUCCAGGCGGAUUACGUUUUUCAGCAGCAGCAGCAACAGCAGGCGGGCGGUUCUGCCACUGGCGCCGUCUGGUCUACUGUCUCCCUAAACUAUCAACUCUUCACGCAGGUUGUCACGCCGUUCAGUCGACUUGUUAGCCCGCCGGACAACGUGGAGUUUGACGGUGUGCCACUCUCCUCCUGGAUGGCGAAGCUGCGCGUCUUGUUGGCCGAGCGGUGUGUCGAGGAGCUACUCAUUGCCAGCGGUACGUCGUUGUCUGCUGUUGAGCGGCAUACGCUGGCGUUCAACGAGCACCAGGCGGUGCCAGCGCCAGCUCUACUGUGGGCAGAGGCGCUUGUGCAGGUACUCCUCAGCUUUGACACACUCCGUACCUUGGUUGGUCAGAUGGUGCUGAACGCUCAUGCCAUCAACGACUACGUGCUGUUGCCCGUUGGAGCUCCGUCGCCUAGUGCGUUCGACUGGGUCUUGAAGGGUGCCGGCCUCUACUCUCUGCUUGCGUGCUUCAAUCAUUCCUGCGUACCGAAUGUCGCCGUCAGCAAUGUGGAUGGCACGCACGAGAUUGUCCUCAAGACAACGCGGCCCAUCCAGGCUGGCGAGCCGCUGACGAUCACCUACAUUCCUCUAAGUGCCGGUGCCAUGUCCCGCGCAGAGCGGCAGCGGCAGCUGAGGAACUACUUCUUCACCUGCCACUGCCCGCGAUGCAUUAAGGAGGCGGGGGUGGCGGGGGAUAUCGCUGCGGUGACGGGAAGCAGCAAUGUCGUGUAG